AUGUCGUGUGUCCACUAUAAGUUCUCCUCCCAGCUGAACUAUGCCACGGUCACCUUCAACGGCCUCCACAUCUCCCUGUGUGACCUCAAGCGCCAGAUCAUGGGCCGCGAGAAGCUGAAGGCGGCCAACUGCGACCUGCAGAUCACCAACGCCCAGAGCAAAGAAGAAUACACUGAUGAUCAGGCCCUGAUUCCUAAGAACUCCUCAGUAAUCGUUAGAAGAAUCCCUGCGGGAGGAGUUAAAGCUACCAGCAAAACCUGUGUUCUAAGUCGAACUGCGCCAGUGAGCGGAACACCAAAAGCGGUAUGUAAAAACACAAUCUCAGGCUUUUUCCUACACACUGCACUUCAUUCUAAACAAUGGCUGUCGGGUUCCCGGACAACCUGCGUUACCAAGUCUUCUGGGCCCCCGAGGACAAUCCAUACCCACAACUGGUCGUCCAAUGAGAGCCAGUACAACUCGCUCAGCAGGUGGUAG